AUGCCGCCCCCUCUCUCUCUCCCCCUGUUGUGCACACCGGCAUGCAGUCCCGUGGACACAGAUCAACAGGAACACAACCAUAGUAAGCACCGUUCCAUGAGCAGCUGCCGCGGUAUCGUUGUCGCUGGCGUCACGAACCAGGCACGGACACAGAUGGCCGAGGCGUUCUUGCGGGCCUUUACUGGUGGCCGCGUGUUUGUGUGCAGCGGGGGCGUGCAUCACCUCGGCACUGUGCAUCCGUUGGCGGUGGCGGCCAUGGCGGAAGCGGGCAUCGAUGUUAGCCGGCAGUCCUCGUCCUCGCUGGCUGGCGUGCGUCGGCAGCGCGACACGUACGACGUCUACGUCAGUGUUGAUGCCCCCUACACGGAGCGCACAAGCGACCGGUAUCAGCGGCGCUACACCGACACACAAGCUGCUCAGCAGAGCUCGAUGGGCGGUGUCGGGUUGCCGGCGUCGUGCGCUUCUUCCACUUCGGAUUUCUGCGACCCACUGCUGGCAUCGGCGACGCCGGCGCACUGGACAGUGUCGCAGGACACAACGGACGGCCGGCAGAGCUGGACGUUGUGGAGUCCGCGUAACCCCGCUAUUUACCACGAGCGGUCGACACGCAAGCUGCAGGAUCACCUGUACGAGGGCGAGCCUCUCUUCAUGCGCGUGCGGCCGCACGAACUGCGCAAGGCGUGCCGGGUGCAGCGGCGGUGGGAGGUGCCGGAGCUCACGCAGCGGUUCGCGCUGGAGACGGAGGCCGAGCAGAAGGCGCGGUUUCUGCAAGCGCGUGAUCUGCUCGGCUCCCUGGCCCUUGCGCUCGUACGCGACUUGGAGCGGGAGUACGGCGAAACGAUGCUCGACGAGGCCACGGUGACUGCCUAUGAGAAGGUUGCGGCGACGAGGUGCUGA